CGGAGAAGAAGGAGGAGAGAGAGAGAGAGAGAUAUUUAAAAAAAUAGAAAGAACAAAACAGUACUUAUAGUAUAAUAUAGUAUAAUGUCAUAUAUAUAUAUAUGUUAUAUGAUAUGUGUGCACUACAAGUCGAUACAAGUCGUGCGAAUACGUUUCUUACCAAGUGGACCAAGUGCUGUGCACGCGCUCGCGGCACGAGCACCACGGUUGCAGGUGCCUGAAGCCCAAUCGAAAGCCUUGGAAAACACGGAGUCCGAGGAGACUCGAUGGGAGGUGCCCUGCGACCUGCGCCGCUCCGUGUGCCCAAUCAGCGGCGAGCGCUUCGACAGGACCUGGAGCAGCACCCUGAACGACUGGGCCUUCACAGAUGCGGCGGCCGCCGAGAUGCACGCCACCAAGCCCUUGAGGUUUCCUCCUGGGGGUCCACUUGGACCACAUGGCUUGUCAGAGACGGCGGUGGUCUUUAAAAAGUCCUGCUUCUUAAAUACCAGCUUGACAAGGCGCAUAGAUGCCUUGCAUGAGUGCCGUGAUCCUGAUAGUGUGAAGAAGCCUGCAAAGCCUGUGACGGGCUCGCAGCAGGCAGUGGAAGUUGCGCCAAGCUCUGGAAAGGAGGACUUUGCCACGGUGAAAGCUCCACCCGCCAGAAAGUUCUUCUGAUGCAAGUGGGCCAUUGAUGAACCUUCCUGGUCCGUGGAUAGAGUUGUAUGAGGGAUUCCGGAAAGAAUGC